UCGGGACCCCCGCAGCCGGGACCUCGCACUCGGUGCGCAAGUCCCGGCGGCCCGUCCGUCCUAAGGGCCGGGCUGGCCGGGUCCCCGCUGACGGGGCCCCGCAGGGAGGACGGGCGCGCCGGUGACCCCGCGUCCUUCGGGGCCGGACCUCGGACCGCAGCCGGGGGACGUGCGGGGCCGCAGCCUCGGACCCGAACCGGCCUCUCUGCGGGGCCGCGGCGCCGGGUCUUCCCGCAGGCGAUCUUUACUCGUUUUUGAAGUGACGUUUUUGAAGUGAAAUGACCGCUUUGAGAUCUUUAUUCGUUUUGAAAUGACAGAAGUGAUGCGUCAGCUGGGAGGCGCGCCGUUCCCGCUCACCCGGCAGAGGUGGCGGCAGGGCGCCCUUUUCUUUAUGAGUCCGUUUCCAUCUGAGUAACGGGACAGUCAGACUUUGACCCGGCGUGGGCUUCAGUGGUCGCCGUGGACAGGAGCCUAGGAGCUUUGGUUCGAGACAAUUAAAGACGUGGGAUGAGGAUCCAGUGACAGGACGCGGUUCUGCAGGGGGCUUCUGAAGAUAGACGCUUUGAACAGUCGAAUUCAUGGUCGUGGAAGCCGAGCCCAUAUUAAGAGAUGUCAGGCGUCCGACCUCCGAUCAUGAACGGGCCCCUGCACCCCCGGCCCCUGGUGGCACUGCUGGACGGCCGGGACUGCACGGUGGAGAUGCCCAUCCUGAAGGACGUGGCCACAGUGGCCUUCUGUGACGCACAGUCCACACAGGAGAUCCACGAGAAGGUGCUGAACGAGGCCGUUGGGGCGCUGAUGUAUCACACCAUCACGCUGACCAGGGAGGACCUGGAGAAGUUCAAGGCUCUGCGGAUAAUCGUCCGAAUCGGCAGCGGCUUUGACAACAUCGACAUCAAGUCAGCUGGGGACUUAGGCAUCGCCGUCUGCAACGUGCCGGCCGCGUCCGUGGAGGAGACCGCCGACUCCACCCUGUGCCACAUCCUGAACCUGUACCGCAGGACCACGUGGCUGCACCAGGCGCUCCGGGAAGGCACGCGGGUCCAGAGUGUCGAGCAGAUCCGAGAGGUGGCUUCCGGAGCCGCCAGGAUCCGCGGGGAGACCUUGGGCAUCAUCGGGCUAGGUCGCGUGGGGCAGGCGGUGGCGCUGCGGGCCAAGGCCUUUGGCUUCAACGUGCUGUUCUACGACCCCUACCUGGCGGACGGCACGGAGCGGGCGCUGGGGCUGCAGCGGGUCAGCACGCUGCAGGACCUGCUCUUCCACAGCGACUGCGUGACCCUGCACUGCGGCCUCAACGAGCACAACCACCACCUCAUCAACGACUUCACCGUCAAACAGAUGAGACAAGGGGCCUUCCUGGUGAACACGGCCCGGGGCGGCCUCGUGGACGAGAAGGCGCUGGCCCAGGCCCUGAAGGAGGGGCGGAUCCGCGGUGCGGCCCUGGACGUGCACGAGUCAGAGCCAUUCAGUUUUAGCCAGGGUCCCCUGAAGGACGCGCCCAACCUGAUCUGCACCCCACACGCGGCCUGGUACAGCGAGCAGGCCUCCAUCGAGAUGCGUGAGGAGGCGGCCCGGGAGAUCCGCAGAGCCGUCACAGGCCGGAUCCCUGACAGUCUGAAGAACUGCGUGAACAAAGACCACCUGGCAGCCGCCACCCACUGGGCCAGUGUGGACCCGGCCGUGGUGCACCCCGAGCUCAACGGGGCCGCCUACAGCAGGUACCCCCCAGGCGUCGUGGGCGUGGCCCCCAGCGGCAUCCCCGCCGCAGUCGAAGGCAUCGUCCCCAGCGCCAUGUCCCUGUCCCACGGCCUGCCCCCCGUGUCCCACCCACCCCACGCGCCUUCUCCCGGCCAAACCGUCAAGCCCGAGGCAGAUAGAGACCAUGCGAGCGACCAGUUGUAGCCCGGGCAGAGCUCCGCAGCCUGGGCACCGGCCAAGCCCUCGGACAGGUGUGUGCAGGGGCGGCGCCGCAGGCGGCCACGGCCUCCGGGACGGUCCGGGCGCCAGGGGUGAGAGGUGACGCCCUCUCCCCGCAUCAGCUGUAGUUGUCCCGUCCCGGGGGCCGGCCGCUGCCGUGUCCUUUGCGUCCCCGCUCAGCAGCGGAAGAGUCAGUAGUUAAUUCUAUCAUGAGUGUCCCCGUCUGUGUACAGUCUUUAGAACGUCGCAAAGGAUUUGUUUGCUUAGCUGUCGGCAGGAGAAGCCCGAGGCAGGGCUCCGCGGGUCUGCUUCAGACGUUCUCCCUUUUGUGUGUGGAUCGCAUCCCGAACCAAGCAGUUGGCAAACUUCUCAGGACAAUGAAUCCUCCCCGUUUUCUUUUUACGCCACUCAGUGCAUUGUUUUUUCUACCUGCUUGUCUUAUUUUUAGAAUAAUUUAGAAAAACAAAACAAAGGCUGUCUUUCCUAACUUUGGCAUGAACCCCCCCUGUUCCAAACGAAGACGGCGUCGCUAGCGGUGCAGAGGAGCGCGCGGGCCUCCGUCCCGGGCGGCGGGGCUGCGGCGCCUGGCCGCGCGGUGCCGUCCUGCUGAUGUGGUAGGCUAGCAAUAUUUUGGUUAAAAUCAUGUUUGUGACCGUAACCAUUUGUAUGAAUUAUUUUAAAGAAAUAAAAGUCCCAGAAAGAGC